GGCCGGGCCGGGCCGGGCCUCGGCUUUCUGACGCGGCUGUUGGUGGGAGUGCCGCGUCCUGCGAGUCCUCGGCGUCUGGACCUGCACCAGCGUCCAGGGACAUUUGGAGCGGACGCCGUGCCCUCCACCCGCAGCGAUGUCGUCCUGGCUCGGGGGCCUCGGCUCCGGCUUGGGCCAGUCUCUGGGUCAAGUAGGGGGCAGCCUGGCUUCCCUCACUGGCCAGAUUUCAAACUUCACGAAGGAUAUGUUGAUGGAAGGCGCGGAGGAUGUGCCAGCAGAUUUGCCCAAUUCCGGGAGAGAGGAAAAUGAAGCUACUCAUUCAGUCUUAAGAUCAGAGAAUGAAAGACUUAAAAAGCUUUACACCGAUUUAGAGGAAAAGCAUGAAGCAUCAGAAUUACAGAUAAAGCAGCAAUCUUCGAGUUAUCGCAGUCAGCUGCAGCAGAAAGAGGAAGAAAUCAACCACCUUAAAGCAAGACAGAUUGCACUACAGGAUGAAUUGCUCAGACUGCAGUCAGCUGCCCAGCCCAUACAUCCAGAAUCUGGCAGGGUAUCAGCAGCCACUGCAUCACCUUCAUUCAAUUAUGGCAUCAGUCAUCAUGUGUCAGCUUUCCAUGAAGAUGACAUGGACUUUGGUGAUGUGAUUUCAUCGCAACAAGAAAUAAACAGAUUAUCAAAUGAAGUUUCAAGACUUGAAUCUGAACUUGGACACUGGAAACAUAUUGCUGAGGUGCGGGGAACGCAAAGCUCUGAUCAAACAGAAGUCUGCAAGCUGCAAAAUAUUAUUAAGGAACUUAAGCAGAAUCGAAGUCAGGAAAUUGAUGACCAUCAGCAUGAAAUGUCAGUGUUGCAGAAUGCGCAUCAACAGAAACUGACAGAGAUGAGUCGUCGGCAUCGAGAGGAGCUAAGGGAGUAUGAAGAACGAAUUGAAGAACUAGAAAAUCUGUUACAGCAAGAUGGCUCAGGAGUUACAGUAACUGAUCACUCUAAAAUGUAUGAUAUGCAAAACACUAUUCAGAUUCUACAGACGGAAAAAGUAGAAUCUACCAAAAAAAUUGAAGAACUUGAGGAUAAAAUUAAAGAGAUGCAUAAAAGAUUGUCUUCUGCAGAGCAUGACCGACAAGUGUGGAAGAGAGAACAGGAACGGCUGGAGGUGGAAAAGAAACAGAUGACUGAGCAGUGUGAACGCUUGAAGCUGGAAUGCAGCAAAUUGCAGCCUCUUGCUCUGGGGCAGAGGGACAUUGUGACAGAGGAGGAGAGGACUCUCCCACAGAGUUCCUCAGUUGCAGAGGUCUUGAGAUUACAGCAAGCUUUGACUGAUGCUGAAAAUGAAAUAAUGAGACUAAGUAGUUUAAACCAGGAUAACAAUCUUGCUGAAGACAAUCAGAAACUUCAAAUGUGUGUCCAAAUUUUAGAAAAAGAGAAGUCAUUGUUGAGUCAAGAAAAGGAAGAACUUCAGAUAUCACUUUCCAAACUGACCAAUGAGUAUGAAGUCAUUAAAAGUACAGCUACAAGGGACAUAGAUUUGCUGUCUCAAGUACGUGACUUGAAGCUUAACUUAGAGGUGAAGGAACAAGAACUGAAUCAGAGUAUUCAUGAAAAUGAAACACUCACAGCUGAGUUAGAAGAACUGGACAAGCAGAACCAAGAGGCUACUAAGCAUGUGAUUUUGAUAAAAGAUCAGUUAUCAAAACAACAAAGUGAAGGAGAUAGUGCCAUCAAGAAGCUAAAAGAAGACCUUAAUGAUGAAAAACAGAGAAGCCAUCAACUUGAGGAUGAUAAAAUAAACAUUAUCAAAGAGUUAGAGACGCAGAAAGAAAAGCUAACUCACAGUGAACGGGCCCUGAGUGAUUUACAGUUAACCAAGCAGAAACUUGAAGAUAAAGUAGAAGAUUUAGUAGCUCAGCUUAGUAAAUCAGAGAAAAAUAAUCUCAACAUCCAGAAGGAGAACCGGGAACUGAGGGAACACAUCAGACAAAAUGAGGAGGAGUUGUCCACAGUCAGGAGUGAAUUGACUUGUUCUCAGACCCAAGGCUCUAACAGUAAGUUGAAGGAUGACUUACUUCAGGAAAAGGAAACUGAAGUCAGAAACUUAAAGCAGAAUCUUUCCGAAGUAGAACAGCUCAGUGAACAUUUAAAGCAAGUUGCUUUUGAUCUCAGAACAGAAAAUGAAAAGCUGGUUGUAGCCUGUGAGGAUGUAAGAAAUCAGCUGGAAGAAUCUAUUGCUGGCAACAGCCAAGUUUCUCUGGAAAACACUGCCAUGCUGGAGACCCUGAGAUGUGAAAAGGAGCAGCUAGAGGCAGAAUUGUGUGAAGCUGAGAAGAGGCUGUUAGAAGAAGCAAACAAAUACAAACAAACAAUUGAGGAACUGUCCAGUGCGCGCAGCUUGAGCACCUCUGCCUUAGAGCUGGAACAUGAGCGCCUAAUCCAGCUAAGUCAGGAAAAAGACUCUGAAAUAGCAGGGCUCAAAAAGAGUAUUGAGCAAAUGUCUACUGAUCAUCAACAAAUGAAGGAAACUUUGUCGACUAGUUUAGAAGAGCAGAAACGAUUGACACAACUUAUAAAUGAAAAAGAAAUUUGUAUUGUGAAACUUAAAGAAAAAAGUUCAGAACUGCAACAGGAAUUGGACAGAUGUGCUCAGGUCUUAAGAAAUAAUGAGACUCUAAGGCAGACCAUAGAGGAAAAAGAUAGAAGUCUUGGAUCCAUGAAAGAAGAGAACAAUCACUUGCAAGAAGAGCUGGAGCGGCUCAGAGAGCAGCAGAGUCGGGCUGUGCCCGUGCCUGAGCCUAGAACCCUUGACAGUACCACAGAGCUAGAGUCUGAGCUGUCUAGGCUGCACAUGAUCAAGGACCAUCUGGAAGAAGAAAUUAAGCAUCAUCAGAAGAUGAUUGAAGAUCAAAACCAGAAUAAGAUGCAGCUUCUCCAGUCUCUACAGGAACAGAAGAAAGAAAUGGAUGAGUUUAGGUACCAGCAUGAACAAAUGAAUAUCACACACACCCAGCUCUUUUUAGAAAAAGAUGAGGAAAUUAAGAACUUGCAAAAAACAAUUGAACAAGUAAAAGCCCAGUUGCAUGAAGAAAGACAGGACAUUACAACAGAGAAUUCUGAUAUUUUUCAAGAAACAAAAGUUCAGAGCCUUAAUAUAGAAAAUGAAAGUGAAAAACAUGAUUUAUCUAAAGCUGAAACAGAAAGGUUAGUGAAGGGGAUAAAAGAACGGGAGCUGGAGAUUAAGCUACUGAAUGAAAAGAAUAUCUCUUUAACUAAACAGAUUGAUCAGUUGUCCAAAGAUGAGGUUGGCAAGCUCACUCAGAUUAUCCAGCAGAAAGACUUGGAGAUACAAGCUCUUCACGCCAGGAUUUCCUCGGCUUCCUGCUCUCAGGAUGUUGUGUACCUCCAGCAGCAGCUGCAUGCCUAUGCUAUGGAAAGAGAGAAAGUAAUGGUUGUCUUAAGUGAGAAGACGAGGGAAAAUAGCCAGCUAAAAACAGAGUAUCACAAGAUGAUAGAUAUUAUUAGUGCCAAAGAAGCAGCCCUUAUUAAGUUGCAAGAUGAGAAUAAAAAAAUGUCCACUAGAUUUGAAAGUAGUGGUCAAGAUAUGUUUAAAGAAACUAUUCAAAAUUUAUCACGGAUUAUUCGAGAAAAAGACAUUGAAAUAGAUGCACUGAGUCAGAAGUGCCAGACCCUGCUGACAGUUUUGCAGACUUCUGGCACAGGUAGUGAGUCUGGAGGAGUUAAUAGUAACCAGUUUGAGGAGCUCUUACAGGAACGUGAUAAACUAAAACAGCAAGUGAAGAAAAUGGAAGAGUGGAAACAGCAGGUGAUGACCACCGUCCAAAAUAUGCAACAUGAGUCAGCCCAGCUUCAAGAAGAACUUCAUCAACUUCAGGCACAAGUUUUGGUUGACAGUGAUAACAAUUCUAAAUUACAAGUAGACUACACUGGCCUAAUCCAAAGUUAUGAGCAGAAUGAAACCAAACUUAAGAAUUUUGGGCAGGAAUUGGCACAAGUUCAGCACAGCAUAGGGCAGCUUUGUAAUACCAAGGACCUUCUUUUAGGAAAACUUGAUAUCAUGUCACCCCAGCUCUCUUCUAGCUCAUCAGUUACUGCUCAGUCAGGAGAGCCUCUUAUGACAAGCCAGUCUGUUGGCCCGUGUGAGUCUUCUCAGUUGCUUCAACAAGAAGUGGAUGAUUUGAGACGGUCACUGCAGGAAAAAGAUGUCAUGAUUAGAACACUCCAGGAAAACAACCACAGACUGUCAGAGUCCGUUGCUUUGUCCUCAGAGGCAGGAAGAAGAGAACACGAGCAGACUGAUUUGGAAAUGAAGCAGCUGAAGGAGAAACAAGAGGCUUUACAAAACUUACUUAAGGAAAAAGAUCUCUUAAUCAAAGCCAAGAGUGACCAGUUACAUUCUUCAAAUGAGAAUUUCACGAACAAAGUGAAUGAGAAUGAGCUUUUGAGGCAGGCAGUGACAAAUUUGAAGGAGAGAAUACUGAUUUUAGAAAUGGACAUUUCUAAAUUGAAAGGGGAAAAUGAAAAAAUAGUAGAGACCUCCAGGGGGAAGGAAACAGAAUACCAGGCGUUGCAAGAGACCAACAUGAAGUUUUCCAUGAUGUUACGAGAAAAAGAGUUUGAAUGCCAUUCGAUGAGAGAGAAAGCACUUGCUUUUGAACAACUGUUGAAAGAGAAAGAGCAGGGCAAGGCUGGGGAGUUAAAUCAGCUUUUACAUGCAGUCAAAUCAAUGCAGGAGAAGACAGUUACGUUUCAACAGGAGAGAGACCAAGUUAUGCUGGCCCUGAAACAGAAGCAAAUGGAAAACAGUACCCUCCAGAAUGAGGUCCAACACUUACGCGACAAAGAGUCCCGGUUAAACCAGGAGCUCCAGAGACUGCGUGACCACCUCUUAGAGUCUGAAGAUUCUCAUACCCGGGAAGCUUUGGCUGCAGAAGACAGAGAGGCCAAACUGAGGAAGAAAGUCACAGUAUUGGAAGAAAAGCUAGUUUCAUCCUCUAAUGCGAUGGAAAACGCAAGUCAUCAAGCCAAUGUGCAAGUAGAAUCUUUGCAAGAACAAUUGAACAUAGUCUCCAAGCAGAGGGAUGAGACCGCCUUGCAGCUUUCUGUCUCCCAGGAGCAAGUAAAGCAGUAUGCUCUGUCAUUAGCCAACCUGCAGAUGGUUCUCGAACACUUCCAACAAGAGGAAAAAGCUAUGUAUUCUGCUGAAUUAGAAAAGCAAAACCAGCUCUUAACUGAAUGGAAGAAAAAAGCAGAGAAUCUGGAAGGAAAAGUAUUGUCGCUGCAGGAACGUUUGGAUGAAGCAAAUGCUGCAUUGGAUUCGGCCUCCAGACUUACAGAACAGUUAGACCUAAAAGAAGAACAAAUUGAAGAACUUAAAAAGCAAAAUGCUCUCCACGAAGAGAUGCUGGAUGAUGCUCAGAAGAAGCUGAUGAACUUAGUGAGCAGCACGGAAGGAAAAGUGGACAAAGUGCUCAUGAGAAACCUCUUCAUUGGUCAUUUCCACACACCUAAAAAUCAACGUCAUGAAGCAUUGCGAUUGAUGGGGAGCAUCCUGGGUGUUAAAAGGGAGGAAAUGGACCAGUUGUUUGCUGAAGAUCAAGGCGGUGUUACUCGGUGGAUGACUGGAUGGCUUGGAGGAGGGUCGAAAAGUGUGCCCAAUACACCUUUGAGACCAAAUCAGCAGUCCAUGUUCAAUAGCUCCUUUUCAGAACUUUUCGUUAAAUUUCUGGAAACAGAAUCUCAUCCGUCCGUCCCACCCCCAAAGCUGUCGGUUCAUGACUUGAAACCUCUGGAUUCUCCAGGGAGAAGGAAAGUUGAUGGCAGCACACCUGGAUGUUCCAAAGACACAGCAGAACCCAGGGCAGGAAGAAGGACAGAUCUGAGCCCAUUCUUGGCUCCCCGCUCAGCGGCUGUGCCCCUAAUGAGCCCAGCUGGACACGGACCUGGUGGGCCUGGGCAUCUUCUUUUGAAACCCAUCUCAGAUGUUCUCCCCACGUUUACACCUUUGCCUGUGUCGCCUGGCAACAGCGCUGGCCUUGUACUAAAGGACCUGCUAAAGCAGUAGGAAGCUUUCAAACCAGAGGCUGUCCAGCACUUUAAGGAAACCAUGAACACCGUGUGUGUGAAUUGAUCACUAAGUGGCCUUCUGGAAAGAGUCAUUAUUUGUUUGUAGUUGUAAUUUUUCUGUUAAUAAAAAUAUUCUUAAUGCUUUUAGAAAUUGCAGGUGUCAGGAGAGUAAGUAACUGCUAUAUAAUCUGCUUUUUUGUUCACUGUAUGAUUUCACCUAACUUAAGACUAGAAACAUUUGGUUUAUUUUUUAAUUUACAAUAUUCUAAAAGGAAGAGGCAAGAAUAACUGUAUCUGCUUUUAUCUCCUCAGAUUUUCAAGCUCAUUUAAUAUAGGGGCAUGUGGUUCAUCUUUUCAAGAUAAGGAAUUUAUUCUACCCCACCCCCAAAAAAGGCACUUAAUAAAGGUGGCAGUGCCCAGAGCAGAAGAUGCUCUGCAGUGUGCCUCAGCCACCAUAGAGGGCCUCGUGUAGGGAGGGAAUAAGGCUGCUCUGGGAGGUUGUGAGUGCCCUGAGGCAAAGUGGGUAUUUGGUUCUAUGCAGUUUUAUUAUGUGUGUAGAUUCAUCUGGCCAUCACAGUUAAGACCCAACCUUCCUCCAGAAGGGUCCCUGAGCUGCCUUUUUCUAACCCUUGCUGCCUCCUUUAGCCCCCGAAAACCACGGUCACCCUCUAUAAUUUAUUAUUCUGUGAACGCUGUUUAAAUGAAAUUACAUGUUAAUGUAACCUCUUGAGAUGGGUGUUUUCAUAUAGCAUAAUUCCCUUGAGAUCCACUCAAGUUAUUUCAUGGAUCAGUAGUUUGUUUCUUUUUAUUGUGGACUAUAUGCUGUUAGUAAAGUAUCACCUAAAACUACAGGUUUCCAGCCUGGGGUGUACGGUUAGUCUUAGCACUUGGGAGGCAGAAGCAGGCAGAUUCUUAGGAGUUUGAGGCCAGCCUGAUCUACACAGUGAGUUUCAGACCCUGUCUCAAAACACAAAGACACACAGACACACACACACCCCAAAAGUAAACGAAAGCCUAAAGGCCCCCUUGCACAAAUGCACAAAAUCAUGUAAUUCUUGUGUACGUGUUUCGCCAUAUGGCUGCAUCCACAUACGCCUUAGACUACAGUUAGCAAUACCUGGGGACCUAUCUAUCACCUCUUGCCUAUGUCCGAGUUGCGCCAUCUGCACUGUAGAGCUCCAUGCAGUGUACCUGCACCAGGUGUUUGGAACUUAAAGCCAAUACUCUGUACUUUUUUACAAAGCCGUUAUGAAAGAGAAAAAUCCUGACUCACAGCUUUUGUUGUAUCAGGAUGUUCAUAUUUAUAUUAGCUGUUGAUGUACAUUUAAAAGUCAUUUCUUGCAUAUUUUCUAAGUUCAGAUAAACCUUUAAAACGAGAAGCUUGUAUAGCAAGGAAGGGUGGAAACUAAACUAAUUCACAAGUGUCAACAAUCCUGUUACCUGUCAUAGCUCAGCUGGGCUGUUUGUGAGUUUACCUAUGAUAAGCUGUGUAUUUCUAAAGCAUUUAAAAAGACUGGAGGUUUUGGUUUUAAUGAUGUUUGAUGGUAAAAUACCCUUUUCUGAAAAAGUAAGUAACCAAGACAAUCCUGCUUCCUGGUGUCACCUGUGUCCUUAAACUAACUUAUUUACAGGUAGGUCCUUUCCCUCAUACAUGUUAGAAAAAGUUGCCAUCAGAGAGUUUUGCAUAGCACAGAUGCCCCUCAAUUUACAGUGGGCUAAUGGCCCAAUAAACCCAUUGUAAUGAAAAACAUCUUAAAAUAAGCAUUCCGUCACUGUACCCAACUGUCAGCCAGUCUGGCUUAGUAUGACUGCUUCCUCUUGGGACCACACUACACGAGGCUGACCAGGAGCCACAGCUCCCACUGCUGCCAGAAUUUCUAAAUCUAAAGUACGAUUUCUGCUACAAAUGUAUCAUUUUAGCACACCCCAAAAUUGAGACAGUUAAGCCAUUGUAAGUUGAGGGUCUAGUGAUGCAGGUUUUUGUAUGUUCCUUUAAAAGUUGCUUUCACUCACUAGUCUGGAUCCUUUACUGCUUGCCAGGGGUUUUAAGUUCCAUGGGAAGCAGCCAAAAGACUAGUUUUUAUACUAAGAAGAAAAUGGAAGAUGUAAAAUGUUUUCUUUUAAAGAGGGAGUAUAUGGUGGCUAUUUAAACUGUAUUUUAUAUUUAAAAUACCUUUUAUGACAUUAGAAACUACUUGACCAAAAUAACCCGCCCUCCUCACCCUGUCACUUAGCCUAAGUUUGAAACUGUCAUGGGGGCUCCACACCCAGGCAUCAAAGAACGAAGUAUAUUACAUAGCUGCUAUUGAAGUCUAUGGCCUUGUCUGAAAACUGCAGCACCUAAAUGUCUGUGUUGAAUGCACGCUAAGUGUGCACUGAUCUAACCCAGACAUGACUCAUCAGCUUUUCUGAACUAAGUUGUGUCAGAGAUGAACCAUCUGCUCAAGGAAACUUCCUAGCAGAGUAAGAAGCACGCACUCUUGAGUUACCCACAGGACCCGCCAGCGAUGCGCUGACUGCAGGAAGUCUGCCCUUGAUGUCUUCCAGCACUCGUGGAAUUUGCAGUUGAAUUUUGCAUCAGAUACCACGGGCUUACUGCACUGCUGGAACCGCAGGAACUUCACUGUGGGUAUCUCUGUGCACUUGGUAGAAUUUGUGACUGAAUUUUGCACUGGAAGCCACAGUUCUUCACAACAUUCCUAAUGGUUUUCAAGUACAUCAAAAUACUCUACCAAGAAUUCACCCUGUCGUGCAGUUGAUUGAAUGUAAUCACUAACAUGUGCUUCUGUGAGUUCUCCUUCCUGACAUUCUUGUUUGUUUGUUUGUUUGUUUGUUUUUAAAAAAGGGGGGCAAACCAAAGCACAUAGGCAAAAAAAAAAAAAAAAAAAAAGAUGGCAUGCAGCUAGCCAGUUAAACUUAUCAGAUACCACCCAAGAAAAGCCUUUAGUUCUUAACCUUCCAAAGGAUUCGAGAGUGCAAGCCCUUACCCAGUCAGCCACAGGGGAGAGACAGGUGAAAACCAUAGAAAGGGCUGCAUUUGAACUGGGUUGUUUUAAAUUUUCAUAUUACUAGAGCAUUUAAAGCAUUGUCAAGUAACAAAAAUUUACCUUCUGUAAAUAUCAGUUGAUUUAGGUAAUAUUUAUUUUAUAUAUUCCUUUGGAAAAAUAAUGAUCAUUGUAAUGUUGACAUUUGUGAUAAUUUGCCAGUCUUUACAUCUUAACUUAUUAUGAUUUAAUCACUUAAAAUUGGUACAUUGUCUUUUGAUUUGUAGGAAAAAUAACAAAUGUGAGAAAUAUCUAACUGUAUCAUGAGAUUCGGUUGUGUUUUAUGUAGAGUUAAAGCCAAUGCACUCUUGAAUUUCUCAGGAGCAUUGCAAGGCAAAAAGACAAAAACUUCCAAAUAAAAAUGAUUUAAGUUGGCUGUCUUCAUCCACAAUAAAGACACUUGGGAAACA